CAAAAGCAAAGCAAGCCAAGCCAAGGCAAACCAAACCGAACCAAACCGAACCAAAGCGGUACUACCAACACGUAGCCGCGAAAAUUAAGCCGCCCUGCCGCGUUCCUUUCCAAAAUGUCGAAAGAUAAAUAUCAAAAACAAGGAGAUGCCAUCUUUGCCAAACUAGAAAAAGUGAACUCAGAGCUGCUCUCACUGACCUAUGGCGCUCUCGUGAGUCAACUCUUAAAGGACCUCGAACUCGUGGACGAGGUUAAUGACCAGUUGGAAAAAAUGGGAAACAACAUAGGCAUACGACUGAUCGAAGAAUUUUUGGCCAAAUCGGAUAUCUCGUUUUGUGAGGACUUCAAGGAAACCGUGGAGGUCAUAGCAAAGGUGGCAUUUAAGAUGUUCCUCGGCAUAAGCGGGAACGUGACGUGCGUAGACAAAGAGACGAAUGUGUAUUCCAUAACUUUUGAUCGAAACCCGCUAAGCGAUUUUGUGGAGCUCCCCAAAUCUUUGUCGUCCCUGAAUUAUUGCAGCCUGUUGUGUGGGGUCAUCCGGGGAGCCCUCGAGCAGAUCCGCAUAAAAGUGAACUGCUACUUUGUGAAGGACAUGCUAAAGGGAGACGACUACUACGAGAUUUACAUUCAGCUGCUGGAGGUUAUGAAGGAAGAAAUUUUAAAUGACGAAGAGUCGUGAAAAGUUAAAAUUGUGAAGACUUUUUAAAAAAAAAAAAAAUGAUUGUUCCUCGUAACAGCUGUCAAAGUAACCCUUUUUAAUUUCUACCAACUUGAUUAUCUUAAACGGAAUUAGGAUGUUCCCAC